CACCCGCCGCACCCCGGCGUUCCGAUCCGCCCAGGAGCUGGGGGACGGGGAUGGAGCUGCGGGGACUCUGGUCCUAGACGUGGCCCGUGGGGAAGAUGGCGACUCCAGGGAUGAGCUGGCAGCAGCACUAUUACUCGGCGGCCGGAGGGGCGACGAAAUUCUCUUCCUCGGCCGGGGCUCAGCAGUCGGCGUUUAGCAUGGACUACAGCCAGGAUCUCCAUUUGAAGAUGAGCAAGAAGAUUGCUCAGCUCACCAAGGUAAUAUAUGCUUUGAACACUAAAAAUGAUGAGCAUGAAUCUUCAAUUCAAGCCCUUAGAGAUGCUCAUGAAGAGGAAAUUCAACAAAUUCUUGGAGAAACAAGAGAAAAGAUUUUGCAAUAUAAAAGUAAACUCACAGAGGAAUCAGACCUUAAACGAAAGAUCCAAGUUUUAGAAGAGUCACUAGAAGGUCACAAAAAGAUGAAACAUCAGGCUUUGACUGAGUUUGAAGCUUACAAACACAGAAUGGAAGACAGGCACAUUUGUACAGAAGCCCAGCAUGUCCAACGUGUGCUAACAAUGGCCAGAGAAGUCGAAGAGAUCAGAAAGAAGUUUGAGGAGAAGUUGGAGAGCUUUUCACAGCUACAAGUACAGUUUGAGAAAGAUAAAUUGAGGGCUCUGGAUAACUUGAAAGCUGAACAUAUACAAGAAAUCCGAGAACUUCUUCAGACCCAGGAGUGUCACAGUGCCUCAUUAAAUAAGGGGCAGGAAAAGGCAGAAGAACUGCACAGAAUUGAAGUGGAAGGUUUAAAUAAAAAACUUGAAGAAUUAAAGCUUGAAAGGAAAAAACUAAUUGAGGAUUAUGAAGACAAGCUGAGUAAAGCUCAGUCCUUUUAUGAACAUGAACUUGAUACUUUGAAACGGUCCCAGCACUUGACAGCUGACAGCCUCCAUGCUAGCAAAGAAAAAGAAGCAGAUCUGAGAAAGGAACUUCAGAAUCAAGAAUCAGUUUUACGUAAGACCAUAAUUAACCUUAGAACAGAGUUACAAAUGGCACAGGAUGAAACUGGAAGUCUUCAUGAAAAAUGCCAUAAGCUUCAAUUAGCACUUGGUAAAGCAGAAGACAAUGUUAUGGUUCUUCAAAAACAGCUAGAUGAUGUCAAAGAAGAAGAGAUAACUUUACUAAGCAAACAUAAGGAGGUGGAAAGUGAGCUAGCAGCUGCUAGAGAACGGUUACAGCAACAAGCUUCAGAUCUUGUCCUUAAAGCUAGUCAUAUUGGAAUGCUCCAAGCUACUCAAAUGUCACAGGAGGCUACAAUAAGAGAACUGGAGUUGGAAAAAUCAUUGGCAAGGGAGAGAGUAUCUCAACUUGAAGAAGAAAGAAAUUUUUUGCAAAGCAGAACCCAAAGUCUGGAUGAACAACAGAAAAAGCAGAUUCUGGAACUGGAAAUGCAAAUAAGUGAAGCAAAGAAAACUCAAAAAGAAUAUUAUGAGAGAGAACUACUAAACCUGCAGACCAGAUUGGAAGGGGAAACAGCACAGUUAAAUGAAGCUCACUCAAAGACUUUGGAAGAAUUAGCUUGGAAGCACCAUGUUGCAAUUGAGACCGCCCACAGUAAUGCAAAUAAGGAUAAGAAAAAGCUACAGAUGGAACUGGAAGAACAACAUGAAAAAGAAAAACUACAGUUGGAAGAAGAUAAAAGUCAGCUUAAACAGCAGAUGGAAAGACUAAAGGAAGAACUGACAGCCAAACUAAAUAUAGCUAAUCAGGAGGUUUCUCGCCUCCAGGAUCUGGUAAAUAAAAGUGAACAAGGCCUUGGUUCUGCAGAAGGGGUUAUCUCUGAUCUUCAGGACUCCCGUGGACAACUUCAGAAUGAACUAGAUUUAACCAAAGUUAAGCUAAGAGAGACCACAGACUCAUUAUUGAAUCUUGAGAGAGAACUACAACAAGAAAGACAACAGCAUAAGGCAUUGCUUGCUACCAUGAGGGAAGAUGAGAAGUACAAAGUGGACAAAAUGGCCCAAGACUUAGAAAUAAAAUGGACUGAAAAUCUUAGACAAGAGUGUUCUAAGCUUCGAGAAGAGUUAAGACUUCAACAUGAAGAGGAUAAAAAGUCAGCAAUGACUCAACUUUUGCAGCUAAAAGAACGGGAAAAGAAUGCUGCCCGGGAUGGAUGGCAGAAGAAGGUAGAAGAUCUCUUAGACCAGAGGCACUGUCUGGGUGAAGCUUUGCAUAAAUCUAUCAACAAUAUUUCCUUGCUGAAACAGAACUUGGAGAUGCAGCUGUCCCAGUCUCAGACUUCUUUGCAGCAACUACAAGCCCAGUUUACACAGGAGCGACAACGGCUUACACAAGAGCUUGAAGAGUUAGAAGAACAACACCAACAAAGACACAAGUCCUUAAAAGAAGCACAUGUCCUUGCAUUUCAAAAUAUGGAAGAAACAAAAGAACAAGAGCAAAAGGCACUUGAAAACCAGUUACAAGAGAAACAUUCAGCUGAGCUUCAGUCAUUAAAAGAUGCACAUAGAAUGUCCAUGGAGGGUUUCAGGAUAGAAAUGGAACAGGAACUUCAAACGCUUCGAUUUGAAUUGGAAGAUGAAGGGAAGGCCAUGUUAGCUUCCUUACGCUCAGAACUAAAUCAUCAACAUGCAGCAGCAAUGGAUUUGUUAAGGCAUAAUCAUCAGCAAGAAUUGAUAGCUGCUAAAAUGGAACUGGAGAGAAGCAGAGAAGUUGGCAGAAGACAGGAUGAAGAAUAUAUAUGUCGCAUAUCAGAUUUACAAGAGGAACUAAGGCACAGAGAACAUCACAUAUCUGAAUUAGAUAAGGAGAUACAACAUCUUCAUGAUAGUAUAAGUGCUUUAACAAAAGAGUUGGAGUUUAAGGGAAAAGAAAUUCUCAGAAUACGCAGUGAAUCAAACCAGCAAAUAAGGUUGCAUGAGCAAGAUUUUAACAAGAAACUUGAAAAAGAGCUGGAUGUCAUGACAGCAGACCACCUCAGAGAGAAAAAUAUCAUGCGGGCAGAUUUUAAUAAGACUAACGAGCUACUCAAGGAAAUAAAUUCAGCUUUACAAAUGUCACUAGAAGACAUGGAAGAAAAAUAUGUAAAGAGAGAGUCACGAACCGAAGAUUUACAGAUGAUUGCAGACUUGAAAACCUUGCUUGCAGAGAGAGACCAAGUCAUAAAGAAACUAAUUGAUGAUAAUAAAUUUUAUCAACUGGAAUUAGUCAAUCGAGAAACUAACUUCAAUAAAGUGUUCAAUGCAAAUCCUAAUGUUGGUGUUAUUAACCCGCUUAUGAAGCAAAAGAAGAAGAAUGAUAAAUCAACAAACAGGUUUGUGAGUGUUCCCAAUCUAAGUGCCCUGGAACCUAGUGGAGUGGGCAAUGGACAUCCUAACCGCCUGGAUCCCAUUCCUAAUUCACCCAUCCAUGAUAUUGAGUUCAACAGCAGCAAACCACUUCCACAGACAGUCAUGCCAUCCAAAGAGCCCAAGACGUUUUUGAGCCCUCCUCAGAGUGAAGCUUCACCAGUGGCUUCUCCAGAUCCACAACGUCAGGAAUGGUUCGCCCGGUACUUCACAUUCUGAGAGAAUUAUUUUGACACAGCAUUGUGUGGACUGUUAAUAACAGCAUGACUUUAUUACAAAUUAUUAUGUGAACAGGCUUUCCUAUAAUGUCAAACACUGUGAAUGAGAAAGUAUUUGUCUCUCCAAUUUGAAAAUACACUGUAUUUCCUGUGAUAUUUGUUGAAAGCACUCUACAAGGUACUACAUUAUGUAUGCAAUUAUACCUGUUAUUUUUAUUUUAAAUGGAAGAGUCUUUAACCUUUGUAAUUACUGCAUAAUAAAUUUUGUUAGAACAUA